GCCAGGGCACGUAAUCAUCAUCAUCAUCAUCUUCAACAUCAUCACCAUAGCCACUCCACUCCAUCGCAUCGACGGCAAAAAUGGCAGAAAGAAUUUACGGAAAAGGAUAAAGAAAGAUUAAACCCAACAAUUUUUUCCUCACAAAAAAGCAUAAAAAUCGUUUCUUUUACAGUAUCGGAAAGGGGGUUCGGUGGUGGUGGGGGCGAGGACUGAGGAGGCACCAGAGAGAUUCCGAUUCUGACACCUAACAAUUGACUGUCGGAGAAGACAGAGGGAAAGAUUCCUCUUUCUCCUCCCCGAAGCGAUUGAGGGGAGUAAAGUUUUUGCAGAGCUUGAUUCAGCUGGAGAGACCGGAGAAGAGGGGAAAUGGACGAUGAGGUCGUGCAGCGAGUGUUACAAGAAGGCGGCAGGGACUACUUCCAACAGCAGCCCUCCACCUCCUCCUCAUCCUCCCCCUCCAUCCUCCAAUCCCUCCCUCUCCAUGUGUCCUUUGACCAUGGGUAUUAUCUAUUGGUGAAAUCAAUUCAAGAACUGAGGGAAAAGAAAGAGGGUAUUGUUACUGUUGGCAUUGGAGGUCCCAGUGGUUCCGGCAAAACAAGCUUAGCAGAGAAGGUGGCAUCUGUGAUUGGCUGUACUGUUAUAUCUAUGGAGAAUUAUCGAGUUGGAGUGGAUGAGGGAAAUGAUUUGGACUCCAUUGAUUUCAAUGCAUUAGUCCAAAAUCUUGAGGAUCUGACAAGUGGGAAAGAUAUUUCAGUACCGAUGUUUGAUUUUCAGCAAAAAAGACGUAUUGGUUCAAAAAUAAUAAAGAAUGCUUCUUCUAGUGUGGUGAUAGUUGAUGGUACUUAUGCUUUGCAUGCAAGAUUGCGGUCUCUGCUGGAUAUUCGAGUUGCUGUGGUGGGUGGUGUUCACUUUAGUCUUCUCUCAAAAGUUCGAUACGACAUUGGAGAUUCUUGUUCACUGGAUUACCUAAUUGACAGCAUCUUUCCAUUGUUCAGAAAGCACAUUGAACCAGACCUUCAUCAUGCCCAGAUUAGAAUCAACAAUAGCUUUGUGUCGUCAUUCAGAGAAGCAAUUUACAAAUUGAAAUGCAGAGCUGAGCCUCCAGAUAUAAUUGAGUCUGCUCGUGCUUUUCAAGGAAGUGAAGCUGAAACUGAUAAUUUUAUCGAGAUGUACCUUAGACCUCCCUCAGCAAGCGAGGAAGCAAGGAUCAAUGAUUGGAUAAAGGUUCGCCAGACUGGUAUUAGAUACUAUCUUUCACUUGGUGACCAGAGGAUCGUGGACAAGCAUUUCAUCAUCAGACCUAAAGCAGAAUUUGAGGUUGGGCGGAUGACACUUGGAGGCCUGCUAGCUCUGGGUUAUAAUGUUGUAGUUAGUUAUAAAAGGGCAUCUACUUGUUUCAUUAAUGGGAGUCUCUCACUGUCGCAUGAGACAAUUGAUAGCCUCAGUGAAACGUUCAUGGUGCUCCGAGGAACAAACAGGAAAGCAGUUGGGGCUGAAGCUUUGAGACUGGGUAUUAGUGGACCAUGGAUCACAAAGUCAUAUCUGGAAAUGAUUCUCGAGACAAAAGGUGUGCCUCGCCUUAACACGCCUCCUCCUUUGUCAAGUAUAUCUACAAGUGGUAAUCAAGAGAGGGCAAUAGUUGCUCCAAAGCCAAUUAGGGUAACUCCAAAUCUUGUUACUCAUUUAGAGGAUCUGUCUCAACCUUGGACUCGAUCUCCAACAAAAUCUAAAAUGGAACGAGUGGUAGAAACGUGGAAGUUCGUUUCAUCUGACCCUUCACCAGCUAAUAAGUUGGCUUUAGCAACUGCAGAUUCUUCAUCUUUCAGGGAUACUAUGAAGCUUGCCCCAAUGCCUGAUUCAUAUGACCUGGACAGAGGGUUGCUUCUUUCUGUUCAAGCAAUUCAGGCUUUGUUGGAGAAUAAGGGUGUCCCCGUCAUAGUUGGAAUAGGAGGUCCAAGUGGAUCUGGAAAAACCAGUUUGGCUCAUAAAAUGGCUAAUAUUGUUGGUUGUGAAGUGGUUUCCCUUGAAUGCUAUUACAAGUCCGAACAAGUGAAAGAUUUUAAGUAUGAUGACUUCGGCUCUAUUGAUCUAUCACUGCUUUCUAAGAACAUCAACGACAUAAGGAGUGGUCGAAGAACAAAAAUACCCAUGUUUGACUUGGAGACUGGUGCUCGAAGUGGGUUCAAGGAACUCGUAGUUUCUGAAGAUUGUGGUGUGAUAAUUUUUGAAGGUGUUUAUGCUCUACACCCCGAUAUUAGGGAAGCACUAGAUAUCUGGAUUGCUGUCGUUGGUGGAGUUCAUUCACACUUGAUAUCACGAGUGCAAAGAGAUAAGAGUAGAGUUGGCUGUUUUGUCUCCCAGAAUGAGAUCAUGAUGACAGUCUUUCCUAUGUUUCAACAGUAUAUUGAGCCACAUCUUGUUCAUGCUCAUCUAAAAAUUCGGAAUGACUUUGAUCCUGUGCUUUCUCCUGAGAGUUCAUUAUUUGUCUUAAAGAGCAACAAGCACGUGGCUUAUCAAGACAUAUUGAAAGUCCUAGAUACUACAAAAAUCUGCAGCUCUGUUCAAAAUUUCACCGAUGUAUACUUAAGGCUUCCGGGAAUUCCUAGUAAUGGCCAUUUGCAAGAAAGUGACUGCAUAAGAGUCAGAAUAUGUGAGGGAAGAUUCGCCGUAUUGAUACGAGAGCCUAUAAGAGAAGGGAAUUUCAUCAUCCAACCCAAAGUGGAUUUUGAUAUCAGCAGUAGUACGGUUGCUGGCCUUCUCAAUCUCGGGUAUCAAGCAGUUGCAUAUAUAGAGGCUUCUGCUUUUAUAUACCAAGAUGGAAAGAUUCUUAUUGAAGUUGAUCACUUACAAGAUGUACCAAGUCCUUAUCUUCAAAUCAAAGGCAUCAAUAAGGAGGCUGUAGCAGCUGCUGGGUCGACGCUAAAACUGGACGGGUCAUAUACAACGAAGAGCUAUCUUCAAAUAAUAUUGGAAACAUUACCUGCCAAAGAAAGGAAUCCUGACGGAAUCCAUGCCCGACAAGCUGCAAAAUUGCAAGAGCUUGUGGAACUCAUACAGUCUCAGCAGGGAAGCUGUUCGGCUUCGGAAGCUUCUCCAAGCAGGGAAGUCACUCCACUAGAAGGCGUUAUCGAAGACAUGCAAUCCCGGAUUAAGAGACUUGAACGCUGGCAUACUAUCAACACGGUAUUAUGGACAUUUCUGAUGUCUGCCCUGAUUGGUUAUUCACUAUACCAACGGAAACGUCAAUGAUUUUUUGGAUCUUGAGCUGGUUCUCUUCAACCGGACUCUUCAGAAUGGAGUCGAAGGCAAUUCAUCUCACCAGAAUACUUCGCCCUCUCCUGAGCAUUUUACCUUAGAUUCUGUCAACUUUGGCUUCAGACAUCUAAAUCUUACAGCUGAUAGAUUUUUGCUGAGGUCCGUAGAUGAAAGGAAACUGUAGAUUAAAAUUUAGAGGCAACUCACCCUUUGCACAGUUAACUCAGAUUUGUAUACUGUUGAUAAAGAAUUCUCAAUUCAUUAUGGCCAUCGUUUCGCUUCCAUUGGAGCGUGUAAUUUGUACAUCCUCUUGGAUGAUUUGUGUCAUGCCUUUAAAUGACGAAAACAGAUUAUUUUCA